CCUGUCCUGCGGCGACCGGGCGGGGAGUAGCGGCCUGAGCGAGGGAGGCGCGGUCACGGGCCCGCCCAGUUGGGGAGACCCGGGGCUCCUGGCUCUCCUGGAGCCCGAGGCCAGGGCCCGGGCGGGGGCCGUCCACCCCGCCCGGGCCCCAGAGCCCCCCUGGCAGUCGCGGCCCACCCUGCGGGGCCUGGGCACCUGGGGUGACCCCCGCCCCCCGCCGGGAUCGCCCCUUCCCCUCCCCUCCCCCCCUCGGCUCCGCUCUCCUCCCCCGCCUGCGCGCUGCAGCCGCGGCCUCCCCGCCUUCCGCCCCCGGGGAUCCCCUGCCGCCCCGCCCACCCGCGGGAAAGCCUGCGACCUUCGCCCUCCCUCCCCGAGCCGCCCGGCCCGCGCUCCUCGCGUCGCCCCUAAAGACGCUAAACGUGCCCAACUCUGCCCCGGGGAGAGACUUGAUGUCUAGAACAGUGCUUGCUCCUGGUACAGGAAAAAGAAAAACUCUGGAAAAACAUCUUCCUUUGAUAACUAAGUGCUAAACCUUGAAAUACUUCUUACUUCCUACUUACAGCACAUGGAUUAAUUGAUGGACAUUGGGUUUAUGGAGUUUCCUAGUUGUGACCUGCUCUUCCUACAGUUUCUGAAAAGCAAAAGGGACCCCAGAAUCAAAGAAGAUGCCUCGAACGAAGCAGAUCCAUCCCAGAAAUCUAAAAGAUAAAAUUGAAGAAGCACAAAAAGAACUUAAUGGGGCAGAAGUUUCAAAAAAAGAGAUCUUAGAAGUUGGUAUUAAAGGAGCUUCAGAAUCACUUAAAGGUGUGAAACGCAAAAAGAUUGUAGCUGAGAGUCACCUGAAAAAAAUACCCAAAUCUCCACUAAGAAACCCUCUUCAAGCAAAACAUAAACAAAAUACAGAAGAGUCAUCUUACACUGCUCUUCGUAGUGCUUCAGAGCAUCAUAAGAAGCAGAAUUAUAGUUCUGUAAAGAAUGGGAAGCAGUUUACCAAGCAAAAUGGAGAGAUACCUGGGAUGCUUGCUGAAACUUCUAAAUUAGAUGAAUCUGUCUCCCCCCAAAAGCCCUUGCUUUUGCAACACUCAUCUGAACUGUGUGGAUGGAGGUUAGAAGACUCCGACCCUACCAAGUUAAACUUCUUAAAUGAAAAAUGUGACUCAAAUUCUUUGUCUGGUCAAACCAGGACUGACCAUAGUGAAUGUAAUUCCUCUAAUGGUAGUACUACUUCCUCCUCGUAUAUAAACACCGCAUUUGAUGUCUUAUUGAAAGCAAUGGAGCCAGAAUUGAGCACUUUGUCACAGAAGGAUUCAUCUUGUGCAGUUCAAAUAGAAAAACUGAGACCAAAUAAAACUGAACAAACCCCUUCUCAGUUAAAAAGCAGCUCAAUGGGUGCACCUGAUGAUGUGACUUCACAAGAAGUUAUUUCUGAAUCACAGACUCCCUGUACCUCAUAUGCAGCACAUGAGUCCACUCCUCAGAACAAGCAAGCAGUUCAGUCUGUUUCUCAUUCUUAUAAUCAACAUGAACACUUUGUUUCUAAUCAACUUAAUCAACACCUUCCAGCAUAUUCAGGUUUCAACAGAUCGCUGGCCAAUCUGCAAAAUCAAGAGAACACCAAACUUGAACAAAUUUGUAAUAUAGUAGUAACAUCAUCAGUAGCUCUAAGUUCACCUUUCAGUAGAACUCAGGUUAUUCCUCAAAACCAGCAAAUGGAUUCUGUUUCGCCUAUGUCAAUAAGUUCAACCUUUUCUACACAGUCGUCCCCCACACCUGUUUAUAAUUCAAUCCCUGUCGCCUCUGUUGUCAAUCACAGUGUAGAACAAAUGUGCAAUCUUUUCCUGAAAGAUCAGAAGCCAAAAAAGCAAGGAAAAUAUAUUUGUGAGUACUGCAAUAGAGCUUGUGCAAAACCUAGUGUACUUUUAAAGCAUAUCCGCUCCCACACUGGAGAGCGACCCUAUCCCUGUGUGACCUGUGGAUUUUCAUUUAAAACUAAAAGUAAUCUGUACAAGCACAAAAAAUCCCAUGCACAUACUAUAAAACUUGGUCUUGUCUUACAGCCAGAUGCUGGUGGUUUGUUGUUGUCACAAGAGUCCCCCAAAGCACUUAGUAUUCAAUCGGACGUAGAGGACAGUGGGGAAAGUGAUGAAGAGGGCAAUGCUGAUGAAAAACAGAAUGGCCCAGGCUCCAUGGACCUACAGCCUGUGCAGAUAAUGAAAACAAUACCAAACUCUGAAGUUUUGCCAAAAUCAAAUUCCAUUCCAAGUAGUAUAGAUCCCAUGGCAUGUGAUGUUUCACUGCAGGACAAAUCUUCAGAGUCACAAGCUCUACCUGAAUUACCAAAAGUCGUGGUUCAUCCUGUCAGUAUGUCCCCUUUAAGAGCUGAGACCCCUAAGGUAAUGGAUCCCAAGCCUGGUCUCGCUAAACAGAAGGAGCUUCAGGUAACCAAUGUACUGUCCCAUCCAGCCUGGACAUCCUCUCUAGAGACUAGUGAGAAGCCCCAUCAGAAAGGGGACAUGAAUCAGCCAGAAGGAAAGCAGGAAUCUCAUGUAGGGACAGUACAUGCCCAGCUACAAAGGCAGCAAGCUACUGAUUACUCCCAAGAGCAACAAGGAAAACUUCUGAGUCCUCGAAGUCUAGGAAGUACUGAUUCUGGUUACUUUUCACGCUCUGAAAGUGCUGAUCAAACAGUGAGUCCACUAACUCCUUUUGCCAGAACGUUGCCCACCAUAGAACAGGACUCAAGUAAGAGCAAUGGGCCCUCUGCACCUCGUGUCAAUACACCAGCACCUUCUACUUUAGCAACAGGUGAAAAAGGCCAGAUGCGCCCACCUUUAGCAACAAAAACACUUGAAGAACGAAUAUCAAAGUUGAUCUCAGACAAUGAAGCCCUUGUAGAUGAUAAACAGCUAGAUAGUGUAAAGCCACGGAGGACCUCUCUCUCACGACGAGGAAGUAUUGAUUCCCCUAAAUCAUAUAUAUUUAAGGAUUCUUUCCAGUUUGAUCUAAAACCAAUGGGGCGGAGAACAAGUUCAAGCUCUGAUAUACCAAAGUCCCCUUUCACCCCUACGGAGAAAUCAAAGCAAGUGUUUCUUUUGUCUGUACCUUCCCUUGAUUGUUUACCAAUUACACGAAGUAAUUCUAUGCCUACCACAGGUUAUUCAGCAUUACCUACAAACAUAAUACCUCCUCCUCACCCACUGAGAGGAAGUCAGUCAUUUGAUGAUAAAAUUGGAGCCUUCUAUGAUGAUGUCUUUGUGUCAGGACCUAACACACCUGUGACCCAGAGUGGACAUCCCCGUACCCUUGUCAGACAAGCAGCUGUAGAAGACUCUUCAGCAAAUGAAAAUCAUGUUCUUGGUACUGUGGAUGAGAGCUAUCAAGGAUGUGGUGCCACUAGUGAAACCAUACCAACAAGAAACAAGCCACUGACACCACACUUAGAAAAAAAGAAAUCUCAUCAAGGGCGGGGGACAAUGUUUGAAUGUGAAACCUGUAGAAACAGAUACAGAAAACUAGAAAACUUUGAGAACCAUAAGAAAUUUUACUGUUCAGAGCUACAUGGACCCAAAACAAAGGUCCCUGUGAGAGAACCAGAGCACAGCCCUGUGCCCAGCAGUACACAACCUCAGAUUCUACAUUACAGAGUUGCUGGCUCCACAGGGGUGUGGGAGCAGACACCUCAGAUAAGAAAAAGGAGGAAAAUGAAAAGUGUUGGAGAUGAUGAUGAACUUCAGCAAAAUGAAAGUGGAGCAUCUCCCAAAAGCUCUGAAAGUCUUCAGUUUCAGAAUGCUCUGAGCUCUACUUCCAGCUUACCUAAACACAGUAUCUCUAUAGCAAGUGACCAGCAGCACAGAACUAUCCAUUUGCAAAGCUCACAAAUUCACCUUGUUUCUAGAGGCCCUGACCAGACCAUGGAUCCAAAGCUGUCCACCGUAAUGGAACAGCAGAUGAGUUCAACUGCUCCAGACAAGAUGGAACUGAAGAGACACGGAACCGGAAUCUCUGUCAUCCAGCAUACAAACACACUGAGCAGACCCAAUUCAUUUGACAAGCUUGAGUCUUUUGAAAGAGGUUCCCCAGUUUCAUUCCAGGAGCUGAGCAGAACAGUACAGGCUGGGUCUCUGAAAGUAAUAGGCAUUUCCCAAGAAGAAUGUCAUCUUUCUCGGAACAUGCCUCAUCGUCCCCAAACUGGACUAUCGACCACUCUUAGAGGAGAAGGUCAGGAAGGUCCACAAAAGAUUUCAAGUGAACGACAUGUGUUAGGACAGCCCUCAAGACUUGUUCGACAGCAUAAUAUCCAAGUCCCAGAAAUUCUGGUCACAGAAGAGCCAGAUCGGGAUCCUGAAGUCCAAGGUCACGAUCAAGAAAAAUCAGAGAAGUUCAGUUGGCCUCAGCGUAGUGAAACAUUGUCGAAAUUGCCAACAGAAAAACUGCCACCCAAAAAGAAAAGGCUCCGUCUUGCUGAGAUAGAGCAUUCCUCAACUGAAUCAAGUUUUGAUUCCACUCUCUCCAGGAGUCUUAGUCGGGAGAGUAGUUUGUCACAAACUUCAAGUUUCUCAGCUUCACUAGACAUUGAAGACAUUUCUAAACCUGAGGUUUCCCCCAAAAUUGAUUUUCUAAGUAAAGCAGAAUUUAUCAUGAUGCCAGGCGGAUCUAAUACACUUAAUGUUCCAACAACUCACCGGGAAAUGAGACGUGCUGCAUCAGAACAGAUUAAUUACAUGCAAACUUUGAUGGAGGUCUCUGAUAUCAGAAGUAAAUCAUUUGACUGUGGAAGCAUAACUUCAUCCCAAACACCACUUGUUGAAAUUCAGCCUUCAACAACCUCUUCUGGCUUGGGUAUCACUGGGCACAUACCUCUCUUAGAAAGAAGGAGAGGCCCACUGAUACGACAGAUAUCUCUAAACAUUCCUCCAGAUAGUCAACUGUCUCCUCUGAACCCAUCAUCUUUCCAAACCAUUGCUGUUCCUGGAAUGAAUGCAGUCCCAUUUCAGGAGGCUCAGCUGACUAAUACAUCUUCAGCUGAAUUUCCUGCAAAUACUUCACAUGCCCAGAUUCAAAUUAAAGAUCUGCGAACUGAAAUUUCAAAUCCUAACACAACUACCAUCAGUCCUGUUCAGCAGCAAUUUUGUAUCAACUUGUUAAAACAAAUCCAUAUACCUGUUAACCAUCAAAAUAUGCAGACAGCUGUGCAAGUGUCUACCCAGAGUAUCAAACCAGAUUCAAGUCCCAGUGUAUGUGUACCUUCUAAAAGUGAGUAUUCUUUUGCUCCCAAGUACCAACUUCAGUGUCAGGUUUUCACUUCCAGCCAGCCUUGCUCUUCUGAUUCUGUGAGUGUUUUGCCAAAUCAAGUUCUUUCCGAUCCAAUUCAUACUGACCUUCCUACUUUACCAGCUAAAUUGUUAGAAACCACAUCCAAAUCAUGUCCUCUGCCACUCAGACCACUUGGUGUUCAGGUACAGAAGGUGGCCUCAUCAUUCACACUGCCUGUACAUCUGCAGGGUCAUGUUCCAGCUUACUGUUUUGCCACAGCCACCCCUCUGCCACAGAUCCUGGUGACCCAAGAUCUAUCUAGCCAAUCAGUUUGUCAGGCUAAUCUCAAUGUUUUGUCAAUCAGUGAAGAACAAAACUUUGUGCCAAAAUUGCAAAAUGAUCACCAAAAUGCUUUGCCAAGCCCAGAGGAAGAAUUUGUUUGCAAAAACAGCUUUACAGAAAUAGACUCAAACUACUCUGUAUCACAAUCCUUGCCCAUAGCCCAAAAAAUAUCUAUUGGUAGACUUUCCCCCCAACAAGAAUCUUCAGCCUCAAGUAAAAGAAUGCUUUCCCCAGCAAACAGUUUAGACAUAGCCAUGGAAAAGCAUCAGAAACGAGCAAAAGAUGAAAAUGGAGCUGUUUGUGGGGCAGAUAUUAGACCAUUAGGACCACUGAAUUCAAAAACUAAUGAAAUUAAUAAACAGAAGAAACCUGUUUUAGUGAGGCAAGUUUGUACUACAGAACCUCUGGAAGGCACAGUACUCGAAAAAGACAUUUUCUCUCAACCUGAAGUAAGUAAUGAGGCUGUUCAUUUAAUAGAUGUUUUACCAGCUGAUCAGUUGUCAUCAGGAAACUCAGAAGCUGCAGUUAUAGGACCUAUAAAAGAACGACAAGGAUUUGAAAACACCAGGUCCUCUACAUCGCUAACUCUGACAGUUAAAAAUUCACCUGUCUCUUCUGAAAAUGCUCAACUUUCUCCGGAUCAUAUAGACAGUAUCCAAGGAAGAAAGUCUCCAGGGGUUAAAAGCCAGGGUGGUAAAGUGGACAUCCAGGGACAAGGUGAACUAGCUACUACUCUUCCAGGGUUUGAUGCUGGAGACAAGCAACAGCUGUCUUUCCCUAGUCUGAAGACUACUACCAGCUUUACAUGGUGUUACCUAUUAAGACAGAAGGCACUGCACUUGCCCCAGAGUGACCAGAAAACAUCAGCCUAUACUAAUUGGACAGUAAGCAGUGGUAAUCCAAAUCCACUUGGCUUGCCUACAAAGAUUGCUCUUUCUCUUCUUAAUUCAAAGCAGAAGAUUGGAAAAUCACUCUAUUGUCAAGCAGUAACUACCCAUUCCAAAUCAGAUUUAUUGGUCUAUUCAAGCAAGUGGAAAAGCAACUUAAGCAAGAGAGCAUUAGGUAAUCAAAAGUCCACAGUAGUUGAAUUCAGCAAUAAAGAUGCCUCUGAAAUUAACAGUGAGCAAGAUAAAGAAAAUUCCUUAAUCAAAAGUGAACCAAGAAGAAUUAAAAUAUUUGAUGGAGGAUAUAAAUCAAAUGAAGAAUAUGUAUACGUCCGAGGCAGGGGAAGAGGAAAGUACAUUUGUGAAGAAUGUGGAAUACGUUGUAAGAAACCUAGUAUGCUAAAGAAACACAUACGAACUCACACAGAUGUCCGUCCCUACCACUGCACUCACUGUAAUUUCUCCUUUAAAACUAAAGGAAAUCUGACAAAACACAUGAAGUCCAAGACACAUAGCAAGAAAUGCAUGGAUUUAGGUGUCUCAGUAGGUUUAAUAGAUGAACAAGAUACAGAAGAAUCAGAUGAGAAACAAAGAUUCAGUUAUGAGAGGUCUGGAUAUGAUCUUGAAGAAUCAGAUGGCCCAGAUGAGGAUGAUAAUGACAAUGAUGAUGAUGAUGAAGACAGCCAGGCUGAAUCAGUCCUGUCUGCAGCUCCCUCUGUUACGGCCAGCCCACAGCACCUUCCUUCCAGAGGUAGCUUGCAGGACCCUGUGGGCACUGAUGAAGACAUCAGAGUUACUGAUUGCUUCCCUGGAGUGCACUCUGACCCGAUGGAUGUUCUACCUAGAGCAUUGCCUACCAAGAUGACUGUACUGAGCACAGUGCAGUCAGACUACGGUAGAAAAUCAGAGUCCCCGGUAAUAACCAGGCAGAAUGUUCCAAAAGAAGAGAAUGGGGCAACUAAUUCUGUAGACUCUACUAAGUCACUGCAAGUUUCACCCAGAUCCCCAUGUCAUCAAAUGUCAGUAGACUACCCUGAAAAUGAAGAAUUUCUAAGAAGUUCUCUGACAGGAAAAGCUAUUACUUUAACACAGAAUAUAUCAUCUGUGAGACUUCCCCCUCCUGUUACUGAAAACAACUCUCAGACAGCGGUGGGAAUUUCUUCAGUGGACUCACCUCAGCCUGACGUUCAAGAACAGAAGCAACAAAUAACUCUUCGACCAACUCCAGGACUAGCCUCUUCCCAAACUCAUUUGUUUAGUCACCUUCCUUUGCAUUCCCAACAGCCUUCAAAGACCCCUUAUAAUAUGAUCCCAGUGGGAGGAAUCCAUGUGGUACCUGCUGGCUUCACAUACUCCACAUUUGUACCCAUACAAGCUGGGCCAAUGCAACUUACGAUUCCUGCCGUCAAUGUAAUUCACAGAACUGUGACCACUCCAGGGGAUACUGGCACAGAAGUAUCUGGCACUACAAAUCCCACUGGAGUGACUGAAUUAAGUAAUGUUGUGCCAUGUAUUCCUAUUGGCCAAAUCCGUGUGCCAGGCCUUCAGAGCCUAAGUACUCCAGGCUUACAGUCACUUCCUUCACUGAGCAUGGAAACUGUUAAUAUUUUAGGCCUAACCAACACAAAUAUUACCCCACAAGUACAUCCACCUGGCCUUGCUCUAAAUGCUGUUGGACUGCAGGUUUUGACUGCAAACCCUUCCUCACAAAGUAAUCCCACCCCCCAGGCACAUAUUCCAGGCCUCCAGAUCUUGAACAUAGCUUUGCCUACUUUAAUUCCCUCAGUUAACCAAGUCACCGUUGACACACAGGGAGCUCCAGAAACACCAGCCCCCCACAACAGAGCAAGGGAACCAUCUGUCAAGCAGACUUCUGGAGCCAGUGCAAAUCAGGACAGUCGGACUGAAUCUCCUCAGGGGUCACAACAAGUUCAGCAGGAAUCUACAAAGAAAGUUCUAGAUCCACCUGCCCCUGUAGAAGACCAUGCAAGUCUUGAUGGCCCAAGUAAAAUGGACACAGGGAAGGCUGCAUCAGUAAAUCAUCUGAAGCCCAAGCAGGAACUUACUUCUAUGCAGGAUAAGCCAGUGUCCCCAUCACAGCCUUUGCCGAAGACACAGCCUGAAGCUUUCACAGAGUACUCAGGCCAGAGGACUCUUUCUCCAAUCAGACAGGUGCCCCGACCCAGAGCACUGUCUCGAAGGCAGGCCACUAUACAUUUCAGUGAUGUGAGCAGUGAUGAUGACGAGGACAGACUUGUGAUAGCAACCUAGAGUGUGUGUGUGUGUGUGUGUGUGUGUGUGUGUGUGUGUGUGUGUGUGUGUGUGUGUUGGGGUAGGGUUUUAUAUAUAUAUAUAUAUAUAUAUAUAUAUAUAUAUAUAUAUAUAUAUAUAUAUAUAUAAAACACUUAAAGGUUUCUUUGAGAAUCCUUCUUUCCUUAAAGCACAUUUUUCUGACAUAAACUCAUGACUAAUCUUUGUGCAAUCAUGAACUUUUGACCAAUAAUUGUUUUGUGUCAGCUCCAGCCAUUUUUGUACAUGUUGUAUAGACAGUUGUGCCUUUUAGGAGUUUUAUGUUUAGAAACUGUACAGACUGUUGAAUAUAUAUAUAUAUAUAUAAUCUAUAUUAUAUGUGUGUAUAUGAAAACCAGGUAGUUAUUUGUGUUCAGUAAAAAACGGUCAAAUCAAAUGAUUAAAUUAUAUGUUGCACUGUUAAAAUAUAAAUUUUAUGGCUGUGGGGCAGAAUUUCUGUGUAUAAAUUAGUAUGUAAACUUCAUAUUUAUUGUAUUCAUAUUAGUCUUUGAAAUGGGUCUUCUGUCCUUGUGUAAGAGUAAAUUUACACUUCAGACAGAUUCUCUGUGUUAUGAAAUGUUUCAGUAAAAUGUUUACUGACUUUA